GCAAUAUCCGAGACCAUACGUGAACUUAUCUCGCAGUUCAAAGAGGACGCGCUCUCCGCAUUUGGAUCUGCAGCAACUUUGAAGUUUGAAGUUUGAAUCUCUCUCUUUCUCCCGAGAAGAACGAAAAGAAUGUCGAGAAUGAGAGUGGCUGUGAUUGGUGGUGGUAUCAGCGGACUGGUAUCGGCGUACGUGCUGGCGAAAGCCGGAGCCCAGGUGGUUCUGUACGAGAGGGAGGACUACUUAGGCGGCCAUGCCAAGACUGUCAACUUCGACGGCGUCGAUUUGGACCUCGGUUUCAUGGUCUUCAAUCGCGUAACGUAUCCUAAUAUGUUGGAGUUCUUUGAGAAUCUUGGAGUUGAUAUGGAGCUAUCUGAUAUGUCAUUCUCAGUAAGCUUGGACAAAGGCAAUGGGUGUGAAUGGGGUAGUCUAAAUGGCUUAUCAGGUUUGUUUGCACAGAAGAAGAACGUUUUGAAUCCAUACUUUUGGCAAAUGAUUCGAGAAAUUAUCAAGUUCAAGGCCGAUGUCCUCAGUUAUCUUGACGACCUUGAGAACAACCCAGACAUUGAUCGCAAUGAAACUUUGGAACAGUUUAUUAAGUCACACGGUUACUCUGAAUUAUUUCAAAAGGCUUAUCUUAUACCAAUAUGUGGUUCAAUUUGGUCCUGUCAUUCAGAAGGAGUCAUGCGCUUUUCAGCUUACUCAGUUCUUUCAUUUUGCCGCAAUCAUCAUCUUCUACAGCUCUUUGGUCGCCCACAAUGGCUUACUGUCAGAUGGCGUUCACAUAGUUAUGUCAACAAGGUUAGAGAACAGCUCGAGAGUUGGGGUUGCUGGAUAAGAACUGGUUCUGAGGUACAAUCUAUUUCUACAACAGUUGAGGGUUGCACAGUACUUUGUGAUGGUUCGCAAGAAAUAUAUAGUGGAUGCAUAAUGGCUGUUCAUGCCCCCGAUGCUUUGAAAAUAUUAGGAAAGCAAGCAACAUUUGAAGAGACGAGAGUACUUGGUGCUUUUCAAUAUGAAUCUAGUGAUAUUUUCCUUCACCGUGACAAAACUUUUAUGCCCCAAAAUCACGCAGCAUGGAGUGCGUGGAAUUUUCUGGGGAGUACAGGCAAUAAAGUUUGCCUGACAUACUGGCUUAAUUUGCUUCAGAAUAUUGAAGAAACAAGUCUACCUUACCUUGUGACGCUCAAUCCAGGUCAGAUACCUAAGCAUACCUUACUUAAGUGGUCAACCAGCCAUCCAGUCCCAUCUGUUGCUGCAUCAAAAGCUUCACUUGAGCUUGAUCAUAUUCAAGGGAAGAGAGGGAUUUGGUUUUGUGGAGCAUACCAGGGUUAUGGCUUCCAUGAAGAUGGAUUAAAGGUAGCCAAAUGCUUCAGGUUUGGCAUCAAAGAGGGGAUAAUCUGCCUCCUCUUACCUCCCUCCCCCAUUGAUGUGACAACACCCCCAGAAUAA